CUUGGUCUUCCCUUUUAUCGGAUUGAUUUGUGACCCAACCGGGAAGGAUCCGAGCUGUUCGCUGCUGCAGUGGCGUGCGACGGCUGUGUUUUCGCCCGCUGCUCGGGGGAACCUCUCGACCGCUGUUUCGCGCCCUCAUAAUUCAGUCGUUUUCCCCCGGACGAGCCCCGGCGAGGGAGCCUCACACGCCGCCGAGCCCGCCAGAGAUCCCCCACAAAUGUUGUCAUUUAGCGUCGCCUAUCUGUCAAGGAUGACCGCUUACCGUUCGGACAAAUGCCGCAACUGGCUGUUUUGAACCAAAAUGGCUGACUUGCUGUUCAGCUUAAGCGACGCCAGCCGGCCAUGUUUACCUCCGUUUCCAUGGUAACCCAGAAGAACAUGCCCGCCCCGGCAAGGAGUUAACCUGUGGAACGACACUAGCCGCAAUCCCCCUCCGCUGACUCUCGCCGCCUUUCGGGAUCUUUUCUGACAUCGGAGCGACGCGUCGGACUCGCGAGGAUCGCCGACAUGGCCAACAACACGGCGGACCACCCUCCGGGGAACUCUGUCGCCGACGGCAACCACGACGGCGACUUCGGGGUGACGGUGAGCGACCUGCGAGGACUCAUGGAGCUGCGCAGCGGGGAGGCCGUCAACAAGAUACGAGACGAAUACGACGACGUGCAGAGCAUCUGCAGACGCCUCAAAACGUCGCCCAUCGAAGGUCUGUCCGGCAACCCAGUGGACCUGGAGAAGCGACACACGGCUUUCGGGCAGAACUUCAUCCCGCCCAAGAAGCCCAAAACUUUCCUGCAGCUGGUGUGGGAAGCCCUUCAAGAUGUCACGCUCAUCAUCCUGGAGAUCGCUGCCAUCAUCUCGCUGGGCUUGUCCUUCUACCACCUGGAAGGCGGAGACAGUGAAGCUUGCGGGCAGGCGUCGGGCGGCGUGGAGGACGAAGGCGAGGCGCAGGCAGGCUGGAUCGAGGGCGCGGCCAUCUUGUUCUCGGUCAUCAUCGUGGUGCUGGUGACGGCCUUCAACGAUUGGUCAAAAGAGAAGCAGUUCCGAGGCCUCCAGAGUCGCAUUGAGCAGGAGCAGAAGUUCACCGUCAUUCGCAAAGGACAAGUCAUUCAGAUCCCCGUGGCCGAGAUGGUGGUGGGGGACAUCGCCCAGAUCAAAUACGGAGAUCUGCUGCCCACCGACGGGAUUCUGAUUCAAGGCAACGACCUGAAGAUCGACGAGAGCUCCCUCACCGGAGAGUCCGAUCAGGUCCGCAAGUCUCUGGAGAAAGAUCCAAUGUUGCUGUCGGGGACGCACGUGAUGGAGGGCUCGGGCCGGAUGGUGGUGUCGGCCGUGGGCCUGAACUCUCAGACGGGAAUCAUCUUCACGCUGCUCGGUGCCGGCGAGAACGGCGAGGAGAAGAAGGCCAAGAAAAGUAAAAAACAAGGACCCCCCGAAAAUCGCAACAAAGCCAAGACCCAGGACGGCGUGGCGUUGGAGAUCCAGCCGCUGAAGAGCGAGGAGGCGGGCGAGUCUGAGGAGAAGGAGGAGGCCAAGCCGGUGAAGAAGGUGAUCGUGCCCAAGAAGGAGAAGUCGGUGCUGCAGGGGAAGCUGACCAGGCUGGCCGUGCAGAUCGGGAAAGCCGGCCUGAUCAUGUCGGCGGUGACGGUGAUCAUCCUGAUCUUGUACUUCGUGAUCGACACGUUCGGCAUCCAGGGCCACACGUGGACGUCCGAGUGCACGCCCAUCUACAUCCAGUACUUCGUCAAGUUCUUCAUCAUCGGCGUCACCGUCCUGGUGGUGGCCGUCCCCGAGGGCCUGCCCCUGGCCGUCACCAUUUCACUCGCCUUCUCCGUCAAGAAAAUGAUGAAGGACAACAACCUGGUCCGACACCUGGACGCGUGCGAGACGAUGGGCAACGCCACGGCCAUCUGCUCGGACAAGACGGGCACCCUGACCAUGAACCGCAUGACCGUGGUCCAGGCCUACGUUGGAGACACUCGUCACAAGACCGUACCCGAACCCAGCGCCAUCAAGCCCGACACCCUGGAGGUCCUGGUCAACAGCAUCUCCAUCAACUCGGCCUACACCACCAAGAUCCUGCCUCCAGAGAAGGAGGGCGGUCUCCCCCGCCACGUGGGCAACAAGACGGAGUGCGCCCUCCUGGGUCUGGUUCUGGACCUGAAGCGGGAUUACCAGCCCAUCAGGGACGAGGUCCCCGAGGAGAAGAUGUACAAGGUGUACACCUUCAACUCGUCGCGCAAGUCCAUGAGCACCGUCAUCAAGACCGCCGACGGAGGCUUUCGCAUGUACAGCAAAGGCGCCUCCGAGAUCAUCCUCAGGAAGUGCUCGCGCAUCCUGGACGGCGAGGGCUACCUGCGCGUCUUCAAGCCCAAAGAUCGCGACGAGAUGGUCCGCAAGGUGAUCGAGCCGAUGGCCUGCGACGGCCUGCGCACCAUCUGCGUGGCCUUCAGGGACUUCCCCGCCGACGGCGGCGAGCCCAACUGGGACGCCGAGAACCAGAUCCUCAACGACCUCACGUGCAUCGCCGUGGUCGGCAUCGAGGACCCCGUCAGGCCCGAGGUCCCCGAAGCCAUCUCCAAGUGCCAGCGCGCCGGCAUCACGGUUCGCAUGGUGACGGGCGACAACAUCAACACGGCGCGCGCCAUCGCCACCAAGUGCGGAAUCCUGCUGCCCAACGAGGACUUCCUGUGUCUGGAGGGCAAAGAGUUCAACCAGCAGAUCCGGAACGACAAGGGCGAGGUAGAACAAGAGCGUCUGGACAAAGUUUGGCCCAAACUGCGAGUUCUGGCGCGUUCGUCGCCAACGGACAAACACACUUUGGUGAAAGGCAUCAUUGACAGCACGGUCGGAGAGACCCGGCAGGUGGUGGCAGUGACGGGAGACGGAACCAAUGACGGGCCCGCGCUCAAGAAAGCAGACGUCGGCUUCGCCAUGGGCAUCGCCGGCACGGACGUGGCCAAGGAGGCGUCGGACAUCAUCUUGACCGACGACAACUUCACCAGCAUCGUGAAGGCCGUCAUGUGGGGCAGGAACGUCUACGACAGCAUCUCCAAGUUUCUGCAGUUCCAGCUCACCGUCAACGUGGUCGCCGUCAUCGUGGCCUUCACCGGCGCCUGCAUCACGCAGGAUUCGCCGCUGAAGGCGGUGCAGAUGCUGUGGGUCAACCUGAUCAUGGACACGUUGGCGUCGCUGGCGUUGGCCACCGAGCCGCCCACCGAGUCGCUGCUCCUGCGCAAACCGUACGGGCGCAACAAGCCGCUCAUCUCGCGCACCAUGAUGAAGAACAUCCUGGGCCACGCCGUCUACCAGCUCGUCGUCAUCUUCACGCUGCUCUUCGCCGGCGAGAAGUUGUUCGACAUGGACAGCGGCCGCAACGCCCCGCUGCACUCGCCGCCGUCCGAGCACUACACCAUCGUGUUCAACGUCUUCGUCAUGAUGCAGCUCUUCAACGAGAUCAACGCCCGCAAGAUCCACGGCGAGCGCAACGUCUUCGAGGGCGUCUACCGCAACCCCAUCUUCUGCAGCGUCGUCCUCGGAACCUUCGCCCUGCAGAUCGUCAUCGUCCAGUUUGGCGGCAAGCCGUUCUCCUGCACGGCGCUGACCAUCGACCAAUGGCUGUGGUGCGUCUUCAUCGGCGUGGGCGAGCUGCUGUGGGGGCAGCUGAUCUCAUCGGUGCCCACGCACCGCCUGAAGUUCCUGAAGGAGGCGGGUCACGGCACCACCAAGGAGGAGAUCCACGAGGAGGAGCUGACGGAUGACGCAGACGAGAUCGACCACGCCGAGAUGGAGCUCAGGCGGGGGCAGAUCCUUUGGUUCCGGGGCCUCAACCGCAUCCAGACGCAGAUUAAGGUGGUGAAUGCGUUCCGGAGCUCGUUGUACGAAGGUCUGGAGAGUCCGGAGUCGCGGAGCUCCAUCCACAGCUUCAUGGCCCAUCCUGAGUUUGUCCCACUGUCCGAGGAGGAAGCUCGCAUCCCGCCCAUCGAGGAGUCGGGAGACGAGAUCCAGACCUUGCCGGGAAUCUCCUCGUCCUCGUCCUCCUCCGCCGCGCCAGGAGAUGCCGCCACAUCGUCCGCUUAAGCUUCCUCCUCCUUCCUCAUCAUUAUCGCCAUCGCCGCACUCUCCCGCCAUCUGCCCCUUUUUCACGUUCACCCAGCAUCAGAAUUCCCGCCACUCUCGUUUCUGUUGUUUUUGUUUUUUUUGUUUUGCAGCGGAACAGCUUCAGUGGUUUGUUAGCAGCAUGUGGCUAACGACAAAAAGUCAAACCCUCUUUCUCGACUUUUUUUUUACCAGCGAAAAUUCCUCAUCAGCAGGUUUUUGUUAACGGGUUGUUAGCUGACGGGUAACACAAGCAUGUGUUAGCAUGUGGCUAAUGACAACGAGUCAAACCCUCAUGCCACGUGCGGGAAGCAUUAUGAGGAUUCCCACAUAGUUUCUAGGCAGGACUCGCCCCACUGGAACAUGAUUGGCUCCUGCGUCGCAGGAAGUGAAGGCUACGUAGGUGUAGCGAGAUGACCAAAACAUGUAUCACAUUUGUAUGAAAUAAAAACAGUUGUUAUUGUUAGGUUUAGGGUUAGGGUUGGGGUUUAAGGCGGUUUAGGAUUAAAGUUAGGAUUAGGGUGGUUUAGGGUUAGUGGGAAACAUUGAAGUCACAAACUUCUUUUCCCGUCUGGAAGCAGUAGGGCGUGUUCUACAGGGAUACAACAGCCAAUCAUAGUACGGCGGCGCGUGUCCUGUGGGAAUCCUAAUUACGCGUGCAGGACAUAUCCCGUUAGCAGCUUGUGGCUAACAACAACAAGACAAACCUUCAUGCCGCAACACAUGCAGCAAAACUCCCACAGUUUCCUUUUUUUUUUUUUUUUGUUUCUCAGCCAAAAUCAGAAUGUGAACGGCUUUAUAUCAUUAGCGAGUUAUUGGCUUGUGGCUGAAAACAACAAAGAACAACAAGUUGUUAGAAUGGGGCUAGCAACAAGUCAAGUACUCAUUCCAGACCUUUUUUUUUUUUUUUUUCAGUUAAAAUUCCUCACCAGCAGGUUUUUAACAGCAGGUUGUCAUGUUGUAUACAAAAAAAUACAUUAGAAUGUAGCUAAGAACAAGUCAUGAAGAUUCCUCAUCAUUCCGCGACAAGUAGAGGAAUUCCUUAUAGCGGGUUUUUAGCUAUAAAUAAGUCAAACACUCAUGCCGCGACACACGUGCUGAACUAUUCCCAUUAGCCUCUUGUUAGCACCAUGUGGCUAACAACAACAACCACUACAAAGUCUGACUUUAUUUUCCAGUGGAAAUUCCACGAGAGCCGCUUUGUGCAUUAGGUUUGUUAGCAUCUGGCUAACAACAAAACAACAAGUUGUUAGCAUGUGGCUAACGACAACAACCCAAACACUCAUCCUGCCAUUUUUUUUUUUUUAGCAGCAAAAAAUUUUUUAGCAGCUUUUUAGCAUUAGCGGGUUGUUGGCAUGUGGCUAAAAACAACAAGAAUGAAAAGUCAAAACAAUCAUCCCGCGACUCGCACGCGGCAGGAUUCCCACCAUCCUUGUUUCCAUUAAAUUUUUUUAGCAAUGAAAAUUCCUUGUGUGCAGCUUUAGCGGGUUGUUAGCAGCAUGUUGGCUAAAAUCAACAACAAAAAAACCAGACACACACAAAAAAACAGCACUGUACUUGACCAUUACAAAAAAAAAAACAAGUGCGGUGA